UUUCAGCCUUGGACUUAAUCGUAAUCGUUUUUGUUGCCUUGUUGUAAUUCAACAAGAAAGGUACCAGUAACUAGUCUUUCAUGGUUGCCGCAGGAGCACAAAUGGCUUACCACGGGAGGUUAGCAAUCAGCGCCCUCUGCUGGUGGGUGUCAAUAGUUUCUUUCAUGCAGACAGUUGGUGUCAGAGGGGACUGCUGGCUUAUUGAAGGGGAAAAGGGCUUUGUGUGGCUGGCAAUUUGCAGCCAGAACCAGCCACCUUACGAGUCAAUCCCACAGCACAUCAACACCACCAUAGUUGACCUUCGACUGGACGAGAACAAAAUCAAGAGCGUCCAUUACUCCUCCCUCAGCCGCUUUGGAAACCUGACCUUCCUGAACCUGACGAAGAAUGAGAUCUCCUACAUCGAGGAUGGCGCGUUUUCAGCCCAGUUCAACCUACAGACCCUUCAACUUGGCUUUAACAAGUUGAGGAACCUGACCGAAGGGAUCCUCAGGGGUUUGAGCAAGCUGGAGUACCUCUACCUCCAAGCCAACUUGAUUGAGACCGUGACCCCCAAUGCCUUCGGGGAGUGCCCCAACAUUGAGAACAUAGACCUCUCCAUGAAUCGGAUCCAGCAACUGGACAGCAUGACCUUCGUGGGUCUGAGCAAGCUCACGACAUGUCAGCUCUACACGAACCCCUUCUACUGCUCUUGCGAGUUGUUGGGCUUCCUCAAGUGGCUGUCCCAAUUCCCCAACCGAACGAAUGAGAGGAUGCUGUGCGAUUCUCCCCCCGAGUACGCCGGUUACCACCUUCUUAACCAGAACCCAGGCCACCCCAACUACCGCAAUGCUCUGAGCAUCCUCUCCUCUGUGUGCUCUGAUGAACCCGAGGUGCCAGCCUACAUUCCACCCCGCUUCAUCGCCACAAGCCCACCGCCACCAGAGACUCCAUGUGGGCUUGAGGACUGCAACUCUGGAUAUGAGCCCAGUGUUCUAAUAACUUUGAAUACCCCUUACCCUGACCCAAGUGCUAAGCCAAUUAUCAAACUCAUUGACGUAACCCAAACCACCGCCACCCUUGUCGUGCAUAUUCCUUCCCAUUACAGCAAAAUGUACAUUCUGGUUCUGUACAACAACAGCUUUUACACAGAUAUCAGAAACCUAAGAAAUGAGGAGCAGAUCAUUAAACUAGACCAUUUGAAAGCCAAUACUGACUACACCUACUGUGUGGCUUCAAUCCGCAACUCCCUGCGUUACAAUCACACAUGUCUCUCUCUCACCACGACUGAAAAGAGACAAGGGGAGCCUGUAGCUAACUCCUCCACCGCCACCCACUACAUCAUGACAAUCCUGGGCUGCCUCUUCGGAAUGGUCAUUGUCUUAGGGGUGGUGUACUACUGCCUUCGCAAGAAAAGGCAGCAGGAUGAGAAGCACAAGAAGGCGUGUAGCAUAAAGAAGACCAUCAUCGAACUCAAGUACGGGGCCGAGCUGGAAAGUGGCACCAUCUCCCAGCUAACCCAAAAGCAGAUGAUGGCCGGGGAGAGCAUGCCCCGAAUGCCCUACCUGCCGUCAGCUGGGGAAAUGGAGCAGUACAAACUCCAGGACAUCAGCGAGACUCCCAAAACUACCAAGGGGAAUUACAUUGAGGUGCGAACCGGGGAGCAACAAGAUCGGAGAGAGUGUGAUAUGGCAAUGCAGGGCAACAGCCAAGGGUCAGUGGCAGAGAUCUCAACUAUCGCAAAAGAAGUGGACAAAGUCAAUCAGAUCAUUAAUAACUGCAUUGAUGCUCUCAAGUCAGAGUCCACUUCCUUCCAAGGGGUGAAAUCAGGGGCAGUGUCCACCGCAGAGCCCCAGCUGAUGCUGAUCUCAGAGCAGCCGCAGAGCAAGUCUGAUUUCCUGUCCCCUGUGUACAAAGACAGUUACCACCACCCCUUGCAGCGGCACCACAGCAUGGAAGUGCCUCCCAAGCGCUCCAGCACUUCCUCCAGUGGUUCCAUCCGGAGCCCAAGGUCCUUUCGCUCAGAGGGGGCCUACAAGUCAGAGGCGAAGUAUAUAGAGAAGACUUCUCCCAUGGCCGACACCAUCUUGACAGUCACGCCGACAGCAGCCACCCUGAGAGCAGAGGCUGAGAAAAUCAGACAUUACAGUGAGCACAGGCACUCAUAUCCCAGCUCGCACCAGGGGGAACAACUUGAGGGCCCAGGAAGCCGCAAACCGUCCAUCCUGGAGCCACUGACCCGUCCCCGGCCCAGGGACCUGACCUAUUCCCAGCUGUCACCCCAAUACCACAACCUCAGCUACUCCUCCAGCCCUGAGUACUCCUGCAAACCGGCACACACCAUCUGGGAGCGCUUCAAACUCCACCGCAAGCGUCACAAAGAGGAGGAUUACAUGGCGGCUGGGCACGCAUUGCGUAAAAAAGUUCAGUUCGCCAAGGAUGAGGACUUGCACGACAUUUUAGACUACUGGAAGGGCGUGUCAGCCCAGCACAAAUCUUGAUUGCUCUCAGACUUCCUUUUCCAAUUUGGACCAAAAUGAAAACAGAAAAAAAAAAAAAAAAAAAAUGAAAAAAAAAAAAAAAAAAAAAAAACACAAAAAAAAAAAACUCCCCAGCUAUUUUUAUUCAGACCAAGUUUCUGGACAAUUAAAUUAAAAAUAGUCUCGCAUUUGUGAGUUUAUGCACCAAAAUUAAAAGAAAAGAACUGUAUAAAUUGUCGUCUUUUUUUUUUUUUUUUUUUAAAAAAAAAAAAAAAAAAAAAAAAAACCAUUGGAAUAUAAUUAUUUGGGUAUCGCAUGGCCGUGUCCUGUGACUGUGUCGAUUAACUGUUGUGUACUUUGAGAGGAAAAAAAACAACAAAAAAAAACCCUUUUCUGCUGAACACUGUAUUGAAGACUCUAACUCUGUAUAUGUUUGUAUAUGCACCCACACGCACACACU